AUGAGCCCCAUUCACAGCCUCACCCGAGCUCUACUCGGCACACUGCUCCUUGAACCCGCCCUAGCAAUUCAUGUGCCCAGCAUCUCCUCUUUAUUCGGACGAACCGCAUCACCGACCACCUCCGCCGCCGACGCAGCAACAACCUGCAACGGCCGCACAGAGUACUGCACGCGCUCCUACUCAAACAUCACCUUCGUAGGAUCGCACGACUCAGCCUUCGUGGGAUCCCUCCCCCAGCAAAACCAGAAUAUCGACAUAACCGCACAGCUGGACAUGGGUAUUCGCUAUUUACAGGCCCAAACACACAAGUCCCUACUAGACAGCAGUGUUCUAGAGCUAUGCCAUACAUCCUGUCUGCUUGAGGAUGCGGGUACACUUGAGGCAUACCUAUCUACUAUUAAGAGCUGGUUAGAUGAUAACCCGAAUGAGGUUGUGACUCUUCUUUUGACGAAUGGGGACUCGUUGGAUAUUUCUACCUUUGGGGAUACGUUCUCUAGUGCUGGGAUUGAUAGUUAUGCAUAUGUUCCUCCGUCCGAGCCUUUGGCGUAUGAUGAUUGGCCUACUUUGGGUGAUUUGAUUGAUAGUGGGAAGAGACUUGUUGCGUUCCUUGAUUAUGGCGCCGACACAAGCACAGUGGAUUACAUCCUCGAUGAAUUUGCUUACUACUUCGAAACACCCUACGACGUGACCGACUCCACAUUCUCAGACUGCAGCAUUGAUCGACCCUCCGGUGCAUCUGCCUCGGGCCGCAUGUACCUCGUCAACCACUACCUCGAUGUAGAUAUCUUUGGCGCUGAUGUUCCUGAUCGUGGUGCAGCGGAUACUACCAAUGCGGCAACUGGAGAUGGAAGUCUGGGUGCGCAAGCGACAGAGUGCGAGGGUCUGUAUGAUCAUGCGCCAAAUGUCAUGUUGGCUGAUUUUGUGGACAAGGGAGAUGUUAUUACAGCGCAGAAUAACUUGAACGGAUUCAGUUCAUAA